AUGGGUUUCCCUUGUGUUGGCAUUGAGAUGCCAAAACUUAUAAAACACUUGCUAAACUUACUAGCCCAUGUCAGGAUAAUGGUUAUGAUGGUGUUCUUUCAUAUUGGUGUACUCGAUCCGCCUAAUCAAGAACAUUCCAUCUUAGCAGAGGAUGAACCAUCUCCAUCUUCAUCCAUGGUGGUUAAAAAGAUGGAUGUUGUUGCAGUGGAGUUUGUCAAGAAAAGUCUACCAGUGGUAGAAUUCGGUAAUUUUGUUGAUAGGACAAGAUCAUGUCCAGAUGAUAAGCUGGUUUGUGCUGUUUGUUUGUGUUGCUUGGAGAGGAACCAUGAAAUCAGAGAAUUGAGUAAUUGUACACAUGUAUUUCAUAGAGGGUGCCUAGACAAAUGGGUGGAUCAAGGGCAGGUAACAUGCCCCUUGUGUAGGUCUAAUCUUUUGGCUAUACAAGAAGAGGAGACAAGGGGUGGGGGAGAUUCAUGGAUGGUAGAGAGGAUAGCUUACUUGCUUGGUGAGGACUUAUUGAUUGAUUGA